GCCAUGCCCUCGUGGCGCGCUCAGAGGCACUCUUUCCGUCGCCAGCUCCCCCCCGGCUCCCCAUGAAGGUCUCGCCCUCCGGCGCCAUGACCGCCUACAGCCUCAACGUGCGCGUCUUCUGGCCGCUGGUGACCUGCGGCUGCACGGCGCUCUUUUGCCUCUUGCAAGCGCUGAGGAGCAAAGGCGGAGCGGGGGCGCCGGCGGCCUGGGACUGCGGCUCGGCCGUGCCGCUGCUGAAAGCCUCGCUGCUUUGCUUGCUGCUGGCUUAUUUGGCGCUGCGCUACCGCGCCUGGCGCGCCGGGGAGAAACCCGCCCCGGCGGCGCCCCGAGGCGCGAGCCGGAGCCCCGCUGGACGGCGGCGGCGGCGCGGCGCGCUGGAGGAGUUCUACGAGCAGCAGCUGCGCCUCUCGCCCCACGUGCUGGGCCACAGCAAGGCCCACGUCAGCCUGGUGGUGGGCGAGCUGGUGCGCGCCGGCAAGGCCCAGGGCCGCCUGGCGUUGCGCGGCGACUUCGUGCAGGUGGGCAGCGCCUACGAGCAGCACAAGGUGCGCCGCCCCGACGGCUUCGACGUGCUGGUGCCGCUGCGCCUGCCGCCCGGCCUGCAGCUGCGCGUGAGGCCCCGGCAGCCUGAGCAGGCCGGCCCGCGGGGGGCCUUCGUGUGCGCCCUGGAGGUGGCGUCGCCGCCGCCGCCGAGAAGGGACGAGUCCGCCGGGCCGCUGAGCGAGGCGCUGUGCGUGGAGAUGCCGGGCGCCGGGCUGCGCUGGUCGUCGGCGCUGGUGCUGCGCUGGUUCCAAGGCCACGUGCAGCGGUGCCUGGGCGCCGUGCGCUCCCGCCUGCAGGAGCGCUGCCAGGUCAGCCUGGCCGUGGGGCCCGGGCGCCCGCUGACCCUGCACAUCGCCCCUCGCUCGGACUACGUCUGCUGCCACCUCUCCAUGGCCGUGCGCCUCAUCCCGGCCGUGCCGCUGGGCGACUCGCUCUACCUCACCCCUCUGCCGUCGGCCCAGCCGGCCAAGGCGGCCGCCUUCUGGACCCUCAACGUGGCCAGGCAUGAGCAACGCUUGCUGGGGUGGCUCCGAGAGCAAGGCCCGGCCGACGCCUGCCACCUCAAGUGCCUGCAGAUCCUCAAGGGGCUGAGGGACCUGGGCGGGCGCUCCUUGGAGCAGCCGCUGGGCGCCCAGUGGGACGCCGUCCUUUCCUCCUAUGUCCUCAAGACGGCCCUUUUCUGGCUCCUGCUGCGCAGCCCCCUGCAAGCCUGGGAGGACCAGUUCCUGGUGGAGAGGCUGGGCGACCUGGUGGCGUUCCUGGCGGACGGCCUGCGGAGGCGGAGGCUGCUCCACCUUUUCUUGGGCAACCCCGGCCUCCCCGACGCCCUGGGCCUGCCCAAGCUCCUCAAGGAAGCCGCGCCGGUCAACCUCCUGGCCGACUUCGAAGGGCCCACCUUGGACAGGGUGGCCGCCCAGCUGCUGAGCACCUGGAAGCAGCUGCCAAAGAUCAUCCGGAUGUACCACGGCCACAGGGCCCGGAGGAGCCAUCCCGACUGAGACAGGA